AAACUCCCCUUCUAUUUUCUGCUUUUCCCCCUUUUCUUUUUAUUUAAUUUUACUUGACCUCUUGUUAGAAGUAAUUAUUAUUUUAAUUUAUUUGAUUAAUUUAUUUACAUUAAAAUCAAGAGAAUUGUAUUUAUCAUCUAUUCUUAUCUCUAAUAAACAGUUGCUUAAGAAAAGUGUUAUAUAUAUAUAUAUAUAGUAUUUUUUAAGGAUUUUUUUUAUCAACAAAGAUCCCUUCAAAUGAAAUGGAGUGAGUAAAUAUAAAUAUUUUCUUAUUUUCCGUUUUUUAUUUAAUUUUUUUUCCGCCAUCAGAAACUCCGAAAAAUCAACAUGUCCCAUUGAUUCGAAACCCUCCAAAAACCUCCAAAACCCUAAUCAGUAACUCCCAAAUUUCAAUUUUUCCUCCUCACUUCAGUUCAAAUCUCCUCCAUUUUCCAUUUUCACUUGCUCAAUUUCACCAAUUUCCAUUUAACCUCCACUCACCAUUCACAAAUUGGUACCAAAAUGUCAGGUUCUGGAAGCUUCGCAGUGUCGCGGAGCCACAGCGGUGACCGAUUUUACAACCCUCCUGCUAUGCGUCGGCAACAACAACAACAGUUACAAAAGCAGCAACAGCAACAGCAACAACAGCAACAGCAGCAGCAGAAGCAGAGAGGAGUAGUAGUUAAAGCUGAAGCGGCGGCGGUGGCGGCGGAAGUGGGGAAUAGGACGGAUUUAGAUGAUGUGACUAGUACAUUGUCGAAAAUGCCCUCAGUAAGCUCGGUGGCGGCUUCGGCGUCGGUGCCAAGGUCGCCUCCGCUAAAUAUUACCAAUUUGGACCGGUUGAUGGAAUCUGUUACUCCCUUUGUGCCCGCCCAGCAUUUUUCUGAGGUGAAUGUAAGAGGCCGUAGAACAAGGGAAGCAGAGCCAACUGUAUAUUAUUGCCUCGGGGAUCUUUGGGAAGCUUUUAGCGAGUGGAGUGUAUAUGGUGUGGGCGUACCAAUAUUGUUGAAUGGGAAAGAUUCAAUUGUACAAUAUUAUGUACCUUUCUUAUCUGGCAUCCAGUUGUACGUAGAUCCAUCAAAGCCGUCUUCACGGGUUAGGAGGCCUGGUGAAGAGGGUGAUGCUGACUCAUCAAGGGAAACCAGCAGUGGUGGAAGCAGUGACUGUGAAGUGGAGCGGCGAUCAAUAUCCUCUUCUGAUGGGUUGUGGAACCAGCAUAGUCUUGUAAAUCUAAAUGUCCAGCGACUAGAUAGACUAUCAUUGAGCGAUAAGGCUGUCACGGGUCCAUCGAGCGAUGAAGCUGAAAUUUCUAAGUCUCUUGGGCAACUCAUGUUUGAGUAUUUGGAGCAUGAGCAACCACAUAAUCGAAGACCAUUGGCGGACAAGAUAGCAGUUUUGGCAUCUCAAUUUCCAGAGCUGAAGAAGUGCAGGAGCUCUGAUUUACUGCCUUCUAGUUGGAUUUCUGUAGCUUGGUAUCCGAUAUACAGAAUACCCAUGGGUCCUACAUUGCGGGAUCUGGAUGCUUCUUUUCUAACCUUUCAUUCUUUGUCCACACAAUCAAGAGCUUUGAGCGCAGUCCAACCACGCUAUCAUGGUGCAACUGGUAGAAAAGUUCUCGGAAAUGUAAACGCAUGCUCAAGAAUUUCUUUGCCAGUCUUUGGCCUUGCUGCAUACAAACUGAAAAGCUCUAUCUUGAGUCCAUGUGGACCUCAUGAAUCCGAGCAAGAAAAUUCUCUGUUGCAAGCUGCAGAUAGUUGGCUUCGGCGCUUGCAUGUUAUCCUUCCUGAUUACCAGUUUUUCCGUCUGCACUAUUCUCCAUGGAAAUGACACAGCCGUUGGUGCUCCUAAGUUUUCUGCUGAUCAGUGGGGAGAAGUUUAGAUUGUCAGUUCGGUUGAACAGUUUUGAGAUCUAAUACCCCAUACUCUGACACCACUUAAAGCUUGGUCAGGGAUCCAUAUCUACAUUAAACCUUCCAUGUAAGGUUUUUGUUUCGAAUUGAAGGAGCAAAAGUUCGGAUAGGCCUGAGAACUCUCCAGGAGUGAGUCUAUUAUGUGACUCACAGCGGAAAAGUUGCUUCGUUGUACUUUAUGAUUGUUUCCUGAAAUGUGGCAGGAAUCCUCAUCCCUUGUUACCCUGCCUGUUUUGCUUUGCUAGGGUGGCUAGAAUGUUAUAAUAUUCUGGUAUGGCUAGGGAUGUUGUCUUUGUUCAGUCAGGAGCAGAAGUUCUUGACAAGCGAUAUUGACGAAAAAUUUGGAACCUGUAUUUUGGUUUGCACAUACAAAUUGAUAGAAAUACUGCUUAUAGUUUGUCAA